AAGUUGACAAACGAAAUGUUUGCACCGACCAUCUCUACCUGCAAAGCGCCCCUUUCGCAUCUCCUUCAGAGAUGCAGACGUCCCACAUCAUUAUCCAGCCUGACCAAGCAGCUUUGCAGACAUCAUGAGAGGCACAGUCAUAGCAGGCUGGUGCUGGGGAUUGAGACGACGUGUGAUGAUACAGGAGCAGCUGUGAUGGAUGAGACCGGGAGGGUCCUCGCUGAAAGACUCCAUACACAGAAGAGGAUCCAUGCAAAGAAUGGAGGUAUCAUUCCGCCCCUAGCCCAAGCCCUUCACCGACAGUUCAUUGACCCCGUGGUUCAAGGGACCAUCAAGGAUGCUGGGAUUGAAAUGAAGGACCUGUCAGCAGUAGCACUAAGCACCAUGCCUGGCAUGCCUCUAUCGUUACGGGUUGGUCUGGACUAUACCAAGGAUAUGCUGCUCCGCCAUCCUCAUCUACCACUUAUACCCAUCCAUCAUAUGGAGGCUCAUGCCCUUACAGUUAGAAUGGUAGAGAGAGUAGAUUUCCCAUUUCUGGUGCUUCUGGUUUCUGGUGGUAACUGCAUCCUGGCUGUAGCGAGAGGAGUAGGGGAUUUCAAGGUGCUUGGAGUGACGUGGGAUGAUGCCCCUGGCGAGGCAUUUGAUAAGGUUGCAAGACGACUGAAGCUGCAGCACCAUCCUGACUGCCUAGGUCUGUGCGGAGGCCAAGCGAUAGAGAAGAUGGCUGAGAAUGGUAACUUCAGGUUAUUAAUAGAGCGAGGAGUGCCUAUGAGUAGACACAGGGAUUGUAACUUCUCCUUUGCUGGUCUGAAGAACAUGGCUAACUGGCUCAUACAACAUCAUGAAGUCAGACAAGGUUUGACUGCAUCUGAUGACCACCAUCUAGCCACCAUCAGUGACAUCGCAGCAUCCUUCCAGCACAAAGUCACUCAGCACCUUGUUAUCCGGAUUGCUAGGGCCAUGCUCUACUGUCAGCAGACUGGAUUGAUUCCAGAAGGCAACCAAACCCUGGUUGUUUCUGGAGGUGUUGCCAGCAACGAUUACAUUCGCAAGGCUCUAGACUUCACCACGAGUCUAUUCAAGUACAAACUCAUCUGCCCACCACCGUACCUGUGUACAGACAAUGGAGUGAUGAUAGCAUGGGCUGGGGUAGAAAGACUAAGACUGGAUAUGGGCUUCGCUGAAGAUCCCCAGUCCCUAAGAUUUCAACCAAAGAUGCCACUUGGGGAGGAUAUUUCAGAGCAAGUCACAGAGGCUAACAUCAAGAUUAAAAGAAUCAAGUUUUGGUGAGGAAACUGCUGGCAGAGCUGAACAUAGGACUUCUAGUACCAAGCCUAAUACUUCAAGGCAACAUAUAUUGCCAAUUUGAAGAGAGGAUUGUAUUUUUGACCAGGGCCCUGUACUUAUUUGCGAUUGAUUUCGAUCACAACUAUGUACAUAAGAAAUAGGAGACUGCAAACUUGUGAUUGAUUGGAGAACUUGCGAUCGAUUUGGAUCAAUCGUAACUAUUUGUAAGACGGUGGCCCACGUCAUACAGGCUUAUUCAUAGGAAGAUCGAAGUUUUGUUGAGGAUGCUAACUCCAUGAACUUCUGAUAUCAAGCCAAAUAUCUGUAAGACUACUGGUAUUGCAUCAUUUGAAGAGCUGUGUUCAUAUGAAGUCAGGAAGAUGUUUAUCAACAUUAAACGAUUCAGUUACUGGUGGGGAGAUAUCAUGCCAAACAUCUGUAAGACUACUGGUAUUGCAUCAUUUGAAGAGAUGUGUUCAUAUGAAGUCAGGAAGGCCUUUAUCAACAUUACAGGAUUCAAUUACUGGUGGGGAGAUUAACCAGCAGACUUGAUCAAAUGACAUCUUAUAUCAAUCAAGACAGUUACAUCUGUCAACUGUGUAAUCAGGGCAACCAACGUUAGCAAUUCUCCCUAUUGCAUAUCGAGGGUUCAGUGACACAAAGACGUAACUCCUUAUUUUGCCAAAAUGAGUAUCUGAUAUGAGUAUCAAAAUGUUCAGAAAAUGUGGG